AUGUCCGCUGUCGCAACCAUCACCGUGCCCACCCAACCUGAUAUUCAGUACCAACCUGAAUAUGAAAAGUACAAAGAGCGUACUCGUCGACGCAAGGAGACUGAAACACUGCAGACCACCUUGCCCGCAGGAUUUCCACAGAAAUUAGUUUCGCCGCUGGUCUGGGAAGGUAAAGAGAUUGUGAAGGGAGAAGAGUGGAUUUAUCACUUGACGGAGGAUCAGUUGGAGGAAAUAGAUGCUGCUUUGAAAAGCUUCCAAGCGCUGAAUCUUUCUCUUGGUCAUAUCAAUCAGUCGACCUUUCCUCUACCAACCCUUCGACCUGUUCUCCGAGAUCUCUCCAAAGAAAUCCACACGGGUCGAGGAUUUGCUGUUCUACGCGGUUUGCGCAUAGAUGAUUACUCGCGAGAAGAGAACAUUAUCAUCUACGCUGGAGUUUCAUCCCAUGUUGGCAGUAUCCGGGGACGCCAACAAGAUACUCGAUUGGCCAACGGCACUUCGCCGGUGAUAUCUCAUAUCAAAGAUCUCACAGCAACUGUCGAUAAAUCCAAGAUCGGCGCACCUUCCAAUACCCCCGAUAAGCAGGUCUUUCACACCGAUGCAGGCGAUAUCAUAUCACUUCUGUGUUUGGACCGCGCUGCAGAGGGAGGAGAAAGCUAUCUGUCUAGCAGCUGGCAUGUGUAUAACAUUCUGGCCAAAGAAAGACCGGAUCUGAUUCACACGCUAUCUCAAGAUUGGCCAGUAGACGGAUUCAAUAACCCGACCAAGCCCUAUACUAUGCGUCCUCUCCUUUAUCACCAGCCAGCUACUGACUCCACUCCCGAGCGGGUUCUAAUCCAAUACGCACGACGCUAUUUUACUGGGUUCUUGGCCCAACCCCGGUCAAAGGAUAUUCCUCCAAUUACAGAGGCUCAAGCCGAAGCUCUUGACGCACUACACUUCUUGGCGCAAGAGCACAGCGCCACUUUGGACUUUCAGAAAGGCGAUGUGCAAUACGUGAAUAACCUGAGCAUUUUCCAUGCGCGGAACGGAUUCAGAGAUGAGCCGGGCAAACAGCGUCAUUUGUUGAGGCUUUGGCUGCGCGAUCCUGAGAAUGCAUGGGAAACGCCGAAGCCACUCCAGCAUCGCUGGGAUACAGUUUACAAGGAAGUUGCCGAAAAUGAACAGAUAUUCCCACUCGAGCCGACUAUUCGCAAGAAUGUGGGAUCUUAA